UUUCCGGUGUCGCGUGUUUCGGUGGAGCUUUCCUCGCGUGUCGCUCGUGUUUCUCUUCCGGCUCUUCGGUUCUUCUUGGGAUUUUCGCUCUUUGUACAAACCUUUCCCGCUGUAACUCUCCCCAAAAAUGACUUUAAACUAAACUUUUUGACUUUUUGAAUCCCGCUUCAGUCCGCGGAUCCACGAUGGUCCCGCCGCGGCUCGUGUGCGCGUGUCUGUGGGUUUGGGUCGCGACAGGCGCAGUUUCUCCGCCGCAGCCGCCGCGGGAAGAGUACGACUCUCUGUACUCGCGGCUGGAGGACUUCGAGGUCUUGCCCUGGUCCGGACUUCAGACUCACUCGGUCCGACGCCGGGACCUGGAGCCUCAGAGCCACGGGGAGAAACUGCUCAGCUUCAGCGCCCUCAGCAGACACUUCCGGUUGUACCUGCGGACCAAUGAGGAGCUGUUCUCCGAGGGGUUCAAGGUCGUGGUCGUUGAGGACGGAGUCGAGCGCGAAUAUCCCGUGAACCGCAACAACUACUACACCGGACACGUCAUCGGCGAGGAACACUCCAGAGUUCAGGCGCUCAUCGAUGACACGGAGUUCUCGGCUCGAAUCCUCACACACGACGGAGAAUUCAACAUCGAGCCGUUGUGGAGGUUCAGCGCGGCGCCCCCUGAUGGUCGUCUGCUCGUCUAUCGCUCUGAGGACAUCAAGAACCUGAGCCGAGUCCACCAGCCCUCGGUCUGCGGCUACACGACCUCUGACCCCUCGCUGCUCCUGCCCGACGCCGUGAGGGAGGGGCUGAGGGAGGCCCAAGAGACAGGUGAGACAGGGACUGCUCCUACGUACGACCACAGCAGAAACACCUGCCCGCUGCUGCUCGUGGCCGAUCACAGAUUCUUCAAAAACAUGGGACGAGGAGAAGAAAGUAUCACCCUGAACUACCUGAUCGAGUUGAUCGAUCGAGUCGAUGACAUUUACAGAAACACGACCUGGGACCAAGAGUUCAGCGGAUACGGAGUCCAGAUCCAACAGAUCCUGAUAGAGAAGACGGCGACUCCGGUGUCUCCAGGACAGAGUCACUUUAACAUGGAGGGAAGCCCAGUGCCCGGGAGAGACGUGUGGGACGUCAAGAGGCUGCUCGAGCAGUUCUCUCUGGACAUCGCGGAGAAGGCGUCCAACGUGUGUCUCGCUCACCUCUUCACGUACCAGGACUUUGACGAGGGGACGCUGGGACUGGCCUACGUCGCCCCCUCCAAACCCGACAUCCCCGGAGGACUCUGCUCCAAACCGUGUCCGACUUCUUCAAACAUUCAAAAGGCGAUUUACCUGAACACAGGACUCACCAGCACCAAGAACUACGGAAAAACCAUCCUGACCAAGGAGGCGGACCUGGUGACGACUCAUGAACUCGGUCAUAACUUCGGGGCGGAACACGACCCGGACAAAAUGGCGGAGUGCGCCCCCCGAGAGGAUCAGGGCGGGAAGUACGUGAUGUACCCCAUCGCUGUGAGCGGAGACCACGCCAACAACAAGCUCUUCUCCGUUUGUUCCAAACGUUCCAUCGUGAAGCGUCUGAGGUGGAAAGCUCCGUCGUGUUUUAAACCUCGGACGGUGAACGUUUGUGGGAAUUCUCGGGUGGAGCAGGGGGAGGAGUGUGACCCCGGACUCCUGCACCUGACCUCUGACCCCUGCUGCACCAGCACCUGCCAGCUCCGAGAACACGCCCGCUGCAGCGACAGGAACAGCGCCUGCUGCAAAAACUGUCAGUUUGAGGUCAAAGGUCAAGUGUGUCAGGAGCCAAUCGAGGCCACGUGUAAAGGCCACGCCCACUGCACAGGUAACACCACCUGUCCCACACCAAGGACCGGUCCUGGUGACAACAGUUCGUGUUUGGACAGCGGGCGCUGCGAGGGCGGAGUCUGUGUGCCCUUCUGCCAGGUGAAGCUGCAGGUGCCGCCCUGCGCCUGUAACGAGACACACUCGUCGUGUAAAGUGUGCUGCCUGACCAGCAGAGGGCGCUGUGAGCCGUACAGAGACGCUCAGGGACACCUGUACCUGAGGAAGGGCAAACCCUGCACCGUGGGAUUCUGCGACGGAGAAGGUAAGUGUAUGAAGCAGGUGCAGGACGUGAUCGAGCGUCUCUGGACUUUCAUCGAUAAACUCGACAUAAACACGUUCGGGAAGUUUCUGGCCGACAACAUCGUGGGCUCGGUGCUCGUCUUCUCUCUGCUCUUCUGGAUCCCACUGAGCGUCCUGGUGCACUGUGUGGACCGAAAACUGGACCAACAAUACGAACAGAACACCAAGUCCCUCUUCUUCCCCAGUAACGGGGAGCUCUUGAGCAGUCUGGACUCGGCCUCCGUUCGGAUUUUUAAGCCCUCGUUUCCGUCGGCGAUGAAGUUCCAGUCGGCGUUUGGACCGAACCAGACCAGCACCCCCCCCGUGUCCUGCUCCGAGGGCCCGGACCCCCACAGAGACCCGCCCCACAGGGACCCGCCCCACAGGGACCCGCCCCACAGCGACGCCCACAGGACCCCCUCCACAGAGACCCCACCCACAUGGAGCCCCUCAUGGUACCUACAACUCUUCUACUGUAUGGAUAAUGCCGAGCUGCGCGGCCUCAUGUCGGCGGACGGACACCGAAUGGCCACGAUCGAGGAGCAGCCCGACCUGGACCAAUCGCAGCCCAGCGACCCCGAGCUCGACCAAUCGCAGCGCAGCGAGGGGGCGUGGGCCAAACGGUCCUUCGACGAUUUGACCGAAAACAAACCCAAGAGCCCGGCCUUCAGGGACCAGACCAGAACUAAACCGGGACUAAACCGGGACUACAGACUCCAGCACAGACAGCUCAGCCCCAAAGAGACACAGUGCUAGACCGGGACUGGGGCUGGACCAGGGUUUAGACCGGGUUUAGACCGGGUUUAGACUAAACUUGGUCUGGAUGAAUGUUUACUGAGCUAAAGACAAUCAUUAAAAAACAGCCAUAUAAUUCUGUAUAUGAAUGUGCCGGACUAGACCAGAACUAAACCAGGACUAUGCCAGGACUAUGCCAGGACUAGUCCAGGACUAGACCAGGACUGGACCAGGACUAGACCAGGACUAAACAAUAACAGUAAAAUCUUGAAUCUGACUCUGGCCAGGACUAUACCAGGACUAUACCAGGACUGGACCAGGACUAAACCAUAAACCAGGACUAAACCAGGACUAAACCAGGACUAAACCAGGACUAAACCAGGACUGAACCUGGACUGAACCUGGACUGGACCAGGUCUCUUUUGCCACAUGUAAACCUUGAGUGUGAAGCUUUAUCUGUAUUUAUUAUUUAGUAUUUGUUAUAUUUUUGUUGUUUAAAUGUUUGGUCGUUUUGUUUUCAAAGUGCCUUAACGUCAUAAAUGUGUUUUUUGUUUUGUUUUGUUUUUUUGUCUUUGCUUUUACACAUAAAGAUUUAAAAAACAAAAUCA